AGAAAAAAAAUAUAUUAGUUGAGAUUGGGAGAGAAAAUUGUAGAAAGAGAAAGGAAGACAAAGAGAAAGCAAAACAGCCUAGAGAUACAGUGUAACAAGAAGAGGUGCAGGGCACCAAAUUGAGCAAGGGAGGGAAGACAAUGGUUUGCUUAGGAAAUAGGAGUGUAGUAACUAAUCUGAUGUCAUCGUAGAACUCAGACUAGUUGUACAACUUAGAAUUGAAAAAUUGGAACAGGUCUGUAGGGCUGCACAUUGACAGGAAGAGGUUAUAGAAAAUCGAUAAAAGCCUAAAUCCAGCAAUUUUUUUUCCAACUGAAGAAAAAGCAAAAACAGAACUCUGAGAUUUUUUUGUUACUUGAUGAUUGAAAAACAUUGAUUUGUGGAUGUGGAAGAUUGCUGAUUUAAAGAAGUCAAAGUGGAGUAUAAAUAGUUUCUAAAAAGGACACUGACAACUUCAAAGCAAAAUGAAGUUCUUUCUGUUGCUUUCAGCCAUUGGGUUCUGCUGGGCUCAAUAUUCACCAAAUACUCAAACAGGACGGACAUCUAUUGUCCAUCUGUUUGAGUGGCGCUGGGUUGAUAUUGCUCUUGAAUGUGAGCGAUACUUAGCUCCAUAUGGAUUUGGUGGUGUUCAGGUCUCUCCACCCAAUGAAAAUAUUAUAAUUAACAGCCCUUCUAGACCCUGGUGGGAAAGAUACCAACCAGUUAGCUAUAAAUUAUGCACAAGAUCUGGAAAUGAAGAUGAAUUCAGAAACAUGGUGACUAGAUGUAACAAUGUUGGUGUCCGUAUUUAUGUGGAUGCUGUAAUUAAUCACAUGACUGGUAGUGGUGGGAGUGCAGGAACAAGCAGUACUUGUGGAAGUUACUUUGACCCUGGAAAUAGGAAUUUUCCAGCAGUUCCUUAUUCUGCCUGGGAUUUUAAUGAUGACAAAUGUAAAACUGGAGGUAGAGAAAUUGAGAACUAUAAGGAUGUUUAUCAGGUCAGAGAUUGUCGUCUGGUUGGUCUUCUUGAUCUUGCCCUGGAGAAAGAUUACGUGCGUUCCACUAUUGCUAACUACAUGAACCAUCUCAUUGACAUUGGUGUGGCAGGUUUCAGAAUUGAUGCUGCCAAGCACAUGUGGCCUGGAGACAUGAAGGCAGUUUGGGAUAAGUUGCAUAACCUAAACACAAGUUGGUUCCCUGAAGGAAGUAGACCUUUCAUUUACCAGGAGGUAAUUGAUCUGGGUGGUGAGGCAAUUACAAACAGUGAGUACUUUGGAAAUGGCCGUGUGACAGAGUUCAAGUAUGGAGCAAAACUAGGCACAGUUAUUCGCAAGUGGAACGGAGAGAAGAUGUGUUACUUAAAGAACUGGGGAGAAGGUUGGAGUUUCAUGCCUUCUGACCGAGCACUUGUCUUUGUGGAUAACCAUGACAAUCAACGAGGACAUGGAGCUGGUGGAGCAUCUAUUCUUACAUUCUGGGACUCUAGACUUUAUAAAAUGGCAGUUGGAUUUAUGCUUGCCCAUCCUUAUGGAUUUACACGGAUAAUGUCAAGCUACCAUUGGCCAAGAUAUUUUGAAAAUGGAAAAGAUGUUAAUGAUUGGUUGGGCACCAAAUAAUAAUGGAGUGAUUAAAGAAGUUACUAUUAAUCCGGACACACUUGUGGCAAUGACUGGGCUGUGAACAUCGAUGGCGUCAAAUAAGGUAAGAAUAUCAUUUA